UUUUUUUUCGUACAAGGUCCAUUCCAUUUUUCAGCACAGGUAACAUAAGUUAUGAGUGGUAAUACUGGUGAGGAGGCAACCCAUUUAUCCGCCAGUUGUCUCUCCGAAUGCCAUCCAGUUGAUUCUCUCCCCUCUACGGAAAACACUUCGCACUAUACUCUUACGACUGAUUCAGUUUCACCGCAUCCCGAUGAAUUUUUUGUAUGUAAUAUGUGUAACCUGACGUGUUUCGGCCGAGUUCCCUUCGAAUCACAUAUUAAUGGAGAAGAACACCGGAAAGCUUCGCUUUCUAAAGCCAUGGUUAGUUUUGACUGUGGAACUUGCAAAAUAGUACUUAAUUCAAGACAAAACUACGAAACUCAUAUCAAUGGAUCCAAACACAAACGAAAACUGAAGUAUUCUCCAAGCGUUUUACCCCCCGAGCGUGUACUUGAAACAUCGACCAAUUCGGUCGUUUCCACUACACCACCCUCCACAAACACGGUUCCAAACGAGUUUAAGUGUAUCGUAUGUGACUUGUCGUGUCGUUCAAGCGAUCAGUUAAACUACCAUCUUACUGGAAAAAAACAUGCUAAACGAUGUAAACAACAAGCGAGCCUUUUGGUCGAGAAUGCACUGCCACGUGUGGAAGCUAUACAGACAGACUUUUCGGAGCCUACCGACAAAACGGCGCCCGUUCCAGGACAACAAUCAGCACCUGCACGGCCAUACAGGAAACGUGCUUUGAUUUCAUACACCAAGGCCCAAAUGCAAGAUGGUCUGGAUGGACUCCGUGAAUUGGAGUUAUCUGUUAAGCAUAAUAACAUGACCCCAAUGCUUUUACAGCUACCGGCAUGCCUUCAUCGGGAAAAAUCCGACUCCGGCGCGGAUGAGCCAGAAGCCAAGCGAUCGGCACCUGACAGCGAAACCACAGUUAACAGGCAGCCGUUUUGCGAGCACCUCAAAUGUAUGGUAGCUCGAGGCCUAAAGUGUUACGAAUUAGCUCUAAGAGAAAUCCAAGGCAUCCAAACGAAUGGAGUCGAACAUCAGUCAGCUACUGUUUCUUCGGUGGUGGUUCAAAACAAAUCCAGCGAAUCGUAGACGCCAGCACAUUGACCGAUUAACGCCCCUGUACUGGAGCUGCCGAGGGAUUUCAUUCAAAUGUGUUGUGCACCCUGUAAAAGUAUUCCUGUUUUUAUACCAGUACAUUGUGCCUGCACCUUUAAGCGUUCUUUACCCAACUCCGUUUUGUGUACGCGAAAACCAAGUGCGGGUCACUUGGGUAGUCACUUUAUUCCUGACAUAGCACAACACAGUCGUGAUCAGUUGUCAUGAAUCAUAGUUACACCUGUCGGUGUGCUUCCUUGUGCUACUACCUCUUCGGACCAUUUUUAAAGUAUUUCC